AUGGAGGUCGCGCGCCUCGUGCUGCGUCAAGCCGAGGAAGGCGCUGAUGAUGAACCUUCGCCAGGCCACUGUCUCGGUAACAACGAUUACGAUGGACGCAUGGGCAUCCGGAUAUCUUCGAUCUUUGUAAUCCUUAUCGGCUCUCUGUUUGGUGCCGUCUUCCCGGUGUUUGCCAGGCGAAACCGCCAGCUAGGCGUACCCGAGUCUCUGUUCUUCAUUGCAAAGUACUUUGGCUCUGGUGUCAUCAUCGCUACUGCCUUUAUACAUCUCUUGGCACCGGCGAAUGAAGCACUCGGAAACGAGUGCCUUGAAGGUGUCAUUACCGUGUACCCAUGGCCAGAAGGCAUUGCACUCAUGACCAUCUUCCUCAUGUUCUUCCUCGAACUGAUGACUAUGCGCUAUGGCAAGUUUGGAGGAGACAACUCUUUCGAUGGACACGCACACGGUUCUGCUCAGAACGACUCGGUCAGCCUCGAGGACCGUGCAAAGAUUGCUAUCAGCGAGGGUAACCAAGGUCACGGCCAUCAGAUUGGCCAAGACCAUCUCGGCCACUCCCGUGACCACACCGACAACUCUGAGCUCGAUUUCGUGGAGCGCGGCAUCGUCCCCGAAACAUACGCCGCCCAGAUGACUGCCAUCUUCAUCCUCGAAUUCGGCGUCAUCUUCCACUCCAUCUUCAUUGGCCUGACUCUUGCUGUUUCUGGAGAUGAGUUCAUCACCCUCUACAUCGUCCUUGUUUUCCACCAAAUGUUUGAAGGUCUCGGUCUGGGCUCUCGACUAGCCUCGGUCCCAUGGCCCAAGGACAAGAAGUGGACACCGUACGUGCUUGGUGUGGCCUAUGGCUUGUCGACUCCUAUUGCCAUUGCUAUCGGACUGGGUGUUCGAACAUCAUAUCCGCCCGAGUCUACUACGACGCUUCUGACCAACGGUGUCUUUGAUUCUAUAAGUGCUGGUAUCUUGAUCUACACUGGUCUGGUUGAGCUCAUGGCGCAUGAAUUCAUGUUCUCACCGUACAUGCAAAAGGGGCCGAUUUCCAGAAUGCUCUGGGCAUUUGCGCUCAUGACGCUCGGGGCCGGUUUGAUGGCUUUGCUUGGGUACUGGGCGUAA